CUGGGGAGCUAAAACCAGCCCCAAACACCCCCAAACCAAACCUUUACGUUGAGACCCGACAAUGACAGAAGAUCCUCCAUAGCAGGAUUCACCCUCGCCGUAAAAACACGUGAUAUUCCCCACGCCGAGCCUCUUUUAACACAAGUUUCCAACCCGAAGUGGAGACUGCUAGCAGGCUGGCUAGGUGUUGUAGGUGGCUAAUUAUACUCGGCUAGCUAUUGUUAGCGGAGUAUUUGCACUAAACUGCACGGCAACCAGCGACAAAUACCGCCGUCGGUUUGGUUACGGCGACCACGACUCGGGAGGGGUUUUUUCCACGCAGGACUCCGAAAACACGGGCUCCUGACUGUAGGCAAGACCAUGCUGCUGCCGUAAGCCAGAGGCAGAGAAGAGAGGCCCCAGACGACCUCUGAGGCGGUGGUUGGCCUGUCGGUGUCCUCUUACCCCCUUCUCUGGCUGGCAAACUGCUGCCUCUUCUGUUCACCUGAGCACUCCCUACCCCAUAGGUAAAAGCUUGCUAUGGAUUGUCCCUCGCUCCUUGCUGCAACCCAGCCUAGUACACUGCCUUAGUGGGAUCUUCGUACCCUUCUGUGUGGUUCCAAUCCAGACUUAUUAUAAGAUUCCAGCACAGAUUUGGUACCGCCUACAGCUGCUGUUGGGUCCUCCACCCAACCCCCUCCCCAGUCCCACCCUCUCCCCCUCCCCUAAGAAGAUGUCAGUGAGCCUGGCAACGGACAUCCAGCAGGAGGGAGAGAGCGGGCCUCUUAUCGAUCCCUGCAGUAGAGGCAAGACCUCCCCUCAGCCACAGGGUACCAAAGAAGGGACAGGAGAGGGCCUGGAUCCAGAUGAAAGCUCUGCACAGGAUACACAGAAGCGGGCUCCUAACCACAGCCAUGGCAGGAAAAGGCCCAAGUCCAAUGCCAAACUGCCAAAGUUGGUACGAAGCUUGGCCGUAUGUGAGGAGUCCUCUGGUCCAUUCUCAAACGACGGACCUCCAGAAUCGGAUAUCAUCCAGCUUCACAUAAGCUGUCCAUCAGACAAAGAGGAGGAAAAGUCCUCAAAGGACGAGUAUGAAAAUGAGGAGAAGGAGAAGAAAGACAAGACUCCCAGAAAGAUGUUGUCGCGUGACUCCAGUCAGGAAUAUACUGACUCCACGGGCAUAGAUGUGCAUGAGUUUUUGGUCAACACACUGAAAAACAAUCCCAGGGAUCGAAUGAUGCUGCUUAAACUAGAACAAGAUAUCCUGGAGUUCAUUAACGAUGACAAUAACCAGUAUAAAAAGUUUCCUCAGAUGACUUCUUAUCAUCGAAUGCUGCUGCACCGCGUGGCGGCCUAUUUCGGCAUGGACCACAAUGUGGAUCAGACGGGCAAGGCUGUCAUCAUCAACAAGACGGGCAACACACGCAUCCCAGAACAAAGGUUCUCAGAACACAUCAAGGAUGAACGUAACAUGGACUUCCAAAAGAAAUUCAUUCUUAAGCGAGAUGAUGCUAGUAUGGACAAAGACGAUAAUCAGAUUCGUGUGCCACUGCAGGACGGGCGGCGUAGCAAGUCCAUAGAAGAGCGAGAGGAAGAGUAUCAGCGGGUACGAGACCGGAUCUUUGCACGGGAAGUGUCCUUUUUCUUGCAGUCCUCUCAAAAUGGCUACAUCAAUGACAACAGACUUUCCACUGAGGGCUACUGCUCUAGCUCUCAAAAGAGGAGGCAGAUCUUUAGAGGGAACCGUGAAAGCUCUAGCCGUGCGUCUAGCAGUCGUCAAAGCAGCACAGAUAGUGACAUGAAGUGCCUGGAGCCGCGGCCCUGGAGCAGCACAGACUCAGACAGUUCCAACCGGACCCUACGGCCACCAGUCACCAAGGCCAGCAGUUUCUCCGGCAUUUCCAUCCUCACAAGAGGGGAUAGCCUUGGCAGCAACAAAGGAUCACAAGGAAGCUGCAAAGGCUCUCGGUCUGGUUUGCCCCUCAUCAGUCCUGAUGCGUGUCCUCUUCCUGCAGCCUCCCAGUCCAGCCGUAGUCUGCUUCCAUGUCCGUCUCAGCAGCCGCAGCCGCAGGCUCCGCCUCAGACCGCCCUGCUACCCACCCCGCAGCAGCACGCCAUCGGCAACCACAUGAUUGCUCAGCCGGUGGCGUCUCUGCAGCCCUCUCAGCCUGUCUCCUACUCCAGCCCUUCCUGCCCCCAGGUUCUCCUGCCAGUUUCUCCUCCCCAGCAGUACACAAUGGGAGAAGAGCUGGCUCCUCAGUUCACCCAGAUGACUUUGAGCCGGCAGGGCUCCAGUGACAACCCCGAGCCUCCCCCCUUGUAUCAGGCUCCUCCCACAGUUCUGUCGCAGCAUCCGCCACCGCAGACCAGCUACAUCAUGGCUACCACUGGUCAGCCUUUGCCGCCUCCAUCUGGCUAUCAACCUGCUACUGGACACCCCCAUCCUCCACCUCCUCCACCGCCUCCAUCCCAGCCCGUCAUGCAGGCUCCACCGCCUCCCCAAGGUUACAUGCAGCCCCCUCCGCCUCAGCAGAUACAGGUAUCGUACUAUCCUCCUGGGCAGUAUCCCAGCUCGGGCCAGCAAUACCGUGUGUCCCAACCGAUGUCCCACCAGGUGUCUUACCAGGCUCAACGCACACAGCCCAUGCCUCAGCCCACCCAGCAGUCAGGUCUCCAGACCAUGAUGCCCAGCCAGCAACCAAACUACCAGGGCAUGAUGGGGGUGCAGCAGCCUCCCAACCCUGCUCUGCUUAACUCCCAAAGGGCAGGCAUGGGAGGACAGAUGCAAAGCAUCAUGGUCCAGUACCCACAGAUGCCAUCGUAUCAGGUACCAGUGGCAAAUGAAAAUCAGCAGGUGGUGCAGCAACAGUACCAGCAGCAGGUCAUGGUACCAGUCAGCCAGUCUGUGCAGGGCCCCAUGCCUGUCUACUACAGUGUUAUCACACCCACACAGCAGAGUAGCACAAGCCCGUCGGUAGGUUACUUGCAACCUCCCAACUCUGAACAGUUUCAGAUUACACAGUCGCCGUCCCCCUGCAACCCUCAACCAUUGCAACAGCAAUAUUCAGGAGUGCCCGCUCCGGGACACGGGGUGAUGGUCAUGCAGCUAAGUGUCCCCAACGGGCCGCAGCCUUCCCAGAAUCCUCCUCUGGUCCAGUGGAACCCGUGCAAGUACUACAGCAUCGAGCAGAGGGCCGGCAAGCCAGGGGAGCUCUACAAACCUGACAACACUCCACAGGCCAGUACUCAGCUGACGAGCCCCCUGGCCUCCCCUACUCAGUCUCCCACCCCAUCGCCGUCUGGCAGCGUCAGCAGCGUAUGUCCCGGCCUUGGACCGUUACCCCUUAUUUCCCAGUUCCCCCGGCCCGGAGGACCCACUCAAGGUGACGGCCGCUACUCUCUGCUGGGGCAGCCGCUCCAGUACAGUCUGUGUCCUCCGUCCCUCAUGCACGGCCAGUCCUCCUACAGCUCCCAUCAGGGUCAAGGAGUAAUAAAACAUGGCGCACGAGGGAGAAAACCAACGCUCAAAUCUCAAUCGACGGACCUCGGCACCACAGAUGUUGUGGUGAGUCGAGUCCUCGAGGUCACAGACCUGCCAGAAGGGAUUUCACGUCCAGAGGCCGAGAAGCUCUUUAACCAGCUGUCGCUGUGCGGUGCCAAGAUCCAGUGGCUUAAGGAGCCCGCGGGGGGCCGGGGAGGAGUCUGCGGCCCGUGUCCCGGGACUUCCACGGCGGCUCUGGGGGCCGGCAUGGGAGGGAUGGGCGACGGCCACCACGACCCAGCGCACCUCUACACCGUAGUGGCAGUUUUCCCCAGCACCAUGGCUGCCCAGAGUGCUUCCUUCAAACUUAACAACAGUGGGGGCAACCUCUUCAAACUGAGAGCUGCCAAAAAGAACUACGACCUGCGUGUGCUAGAGAGAGCCAGCUCUCAGUGAGAGGAAACGAGAGGGGGAGGAAAGACGGAGACUCAGAGACUCGGUGGAGAAGGAAGGAGAAGGGGACUGCUCUAAGUGUACAAUUUUAAGAUCAAGACGAAAAUUAUCUGGUGAACUAAAUGAUGUAUAAAAGGGAAGAAGGUGUGAAUAAUGAGGUGGUUGGUGUUUUUUUUUUUUUUUUUUUCUUGCAAAUAUGGUUUUUGUUUUUAUUUUUAACCUUUUUGUUUUGUAUUUAUAAAGGAGAAGAGCACACAAGACACCUGAGCAUGUGUUUUCACUGUUGCAGUGUGUGCUGCCAUCGUACAGAAACACUCAAUGUCAUUCACACACACACACACACACACACACACACACACACAGGCGACAGGGUCACGUAGCACACGACAACACACUGGACAGUCGACCUCAGAGAGUCAAACCUCUUCUUCCUCUUCCUCCCCCUCUGUUUUACAACCCUUCCUCCUUUUUCUACCUGCUUUCCUCUCCUCCCUCGGCUCUCCAUCGCCCAGUUGUCUCGGAUUAUCAUGUAUUUAUACAUUUUCAUACGAACAGAUGCUCAACUCUCUGCUCUCCCCGGCCGCUCCCGCAUCUCCUCCUCCCGCCACGUCUCACGCCGCCUUUCUCUGUUCUUCUCUUCUCUUCUCUUCGCUCCAUCACUGCUUCUACUCUCCUUCUUGCUUUCCGUUUGCCUUACUGCUGUUGUGGGUUUCUGUAUUGCGCUGUUCCUUACCCAGAUCUUUUUUCUUCUCCCCCCUUUUUGAGGGUUCUAUAUAUUUAUAUAAUUGAUGUAAGGAAUAAAAGAAAUCUAUAUAUUCAUUGAUAUCUCCUCUCCUCUCCCCCCGUCCCGUCCCUCCAGGAGUUACAAAGUUUAGGCCUUCUUUUUCUCCUUCCCCUCUUCAUCCCUGCUCCUCUUCCCCUCAUUUUUCAUCCUUCCUGCCCUCUACCUCAGUUGUUCGUCCCUCUCCUCGCUCACACCCGUCCCACGUCCCCCAAGCUCCAGCCCGGCGUCUCCAUUGUGUUUGCGUUUUUUUUUUGUUUUUUCGUUGACAGCUGUGCAGAACGUAUCAGAAGAAGUAGUUAAAGUGCACAAUGAUUGCAUAUGUCUACUGUAAAUUUUAUUUAAUCUGUUAUUUUUGUUUGUUUUUAAAAAUAUAAAAGUUGAGAAAAAUCUAUGAAAGCAUGCUUGUAUCAUGUGGUUUGUCUGACUUUCGGGAAAGUGGCUCUGAGGUUUACAGGACUGUCUCAGAAAAUUAGAAUAUUGUGAUAAAGUUCUUUAUUUUCUGUAAUGCAAUUACAAAAAUGUCAUACAUUCUGGAUUCAUUA